UAUCAGCACACUGCUACAUCUCGGACACAGUACACAUUACAUAGAGUUUUUAAGUGUUUCAAUAUGCGCUACUAUGAAAGCUAUGUAACGGCAAUGUACUUGGCCACAAAGAUUAUGUAUGUUGGAAAUAUUCUUACCAAUCUAGUGUUGGUGAAUAAAUUCCUCGAAACCGAUGACUAUUCCAUCUACGGCCUUGGAGUGUUGAGAGAUUUGAUGUUCGGCAGAACAUGGAUGGAAAGCGGGAAUUUUCCUAGAGUCACACUGUGUGAUUUUGAAGUGCGAGUUCUUGGAAACAAUCAACGCCAUUCGGUGCAAUGUGUGUUGGUGAUCAACAUCUUCAAUGAAAAGAUCUUCAUUCUCAUAUGGCUGUGGUUUUCACUGCUUUUUGUCGCCUCCACACUCGAUAUGUUGUACUGGUUCAGCAUCUCCAUGUUCCAUAGGGAUCGGUUUCGUUUCGUGUUACGUCAUCUGGAGCUCACAUUCGAUCCGGAUAAGCCAGAACUUUUUCGGAAGGAGAAACGAAAACAAGUGGAGCAUUUCCUGCGCACCUAUCUUAAGGUGGAUGGUGUGCUUGUAUUGCGAAUGAUUGCUCUGCAUGCGGGCGUGAUGUUUUGCACGGAGAUCACCGACGCCCUCUGGAAGCGCUACCUCUCACAGCAUCCCGAAAAUCUGAUCGACGAAGAUUCCAGUCUGCUCAACUUUGCCAGGUAUAGAGCAAAUUUUUUAUGCGUUUAG